AUGACUGCCUUGGUGUCCACCUGGAAUAGACUCUCAUAACAUGCCAAGAGAGGGCCAAACUUUCACAAGCAGAAAUUUAACACCGGCUUGUAAAGACAUGUUUUUUUUCAUGCUUGUACUCAGUUACCUUGCAGCUUUUACUUUUCUGUGUUUACCUGUUGCUGGGAAGGCAAGUAAUUAGAGGUCAGUACAAAUCACUAAAGCUAUUUCAAGCGGUACAUAGCCCCAAGGCUUGAGGUAUUUUAGCAUCAAGCACCCUGUGUGAAUAAUUCAACUUAAGAUAUAAUGACAAACUAAAGUGUUAAUUGACCAGAGCUGACUGGUUUAAGAUAACCUACUGCAGAGUCUGAAGGUGAGUCUUUCUGAAGAGUGGGGACUCUCUUUUCUAAUUAGUAGCGCUGGAUUUAGUAAAAAGAAACCCUGCAGAGAUGAAGCUGAAAACAAUCUGUAUUAUUUCUGUGUUGAUCUUUCAAAGUACAGUUGCUGUGUCUGCAGUGCCAGAUGAUGAAUGCCCUGAUGCCUUCCCGGCCCGUGAGAACUGUGAAUUUGAUGAAGUGUGCGAGGAUGCCUUUUGUAAAUAUAAUGAAUAUGUCACCUGUCACUUGAACAGGUGUGGGACCUGUGAGGCUGUUUUCCAUGGCCACGAUAAUCACACUGUCAACUGCAACCAAUUGACGCCAAAAUGCAGGCUGAUGCACCUGGAGAUGCUUCACAAGAGUAAGCAUGGGGGCAGUCCUCACGGGGGUCGGCUGGAUAUGGACAGUGUGUACGACCCGGAGUGUGAGAGGAACGGCACCUUCAGAGCCAAGCAGUGCGACGACGACUCCAAUCUGUGCUGGUGUGUGGACAGCGCUGGGGUCAGGGUCACUGACAAGACUGGAGACGACCCCAAAUGCGAUCGACUAGUACGUGUUCACCUCAUCGAGAUUUUUUUUACCUUCAAAGUUGAGUUUACGUUUUACACUGGUACAGAAGAGGAGGUACGAAGGAAACUGGCCAUUAAACUGGUCAAAGAAUACACAUUAAAGGCAACCCAAAUUCUAGAAAUAAGUAUUCAAGAGCUGUCCCAUGAGGUGUCAAUCAGACUGAGUGAGAACGGCACCAAAGAUCCUGUAGAUGUAGCUACAGUGGCCUACUACAUUGAGAGAGAUCUGAAGAAGAGCAAAUUCUCCCUUGAAGUUGAUGGCAGGAGCCUGGAAGUUGAGCGUGAUUCAAUCAAACUCCUGUUCUUUGACAACGAGCCCCCACGCAUCAACAUGAAGACCAUCUCCCCAGGGUUUGCUGCCAUCAUCAUAGUCAUUGCCUUGGCUAUUCUGACAGGAAUUGCAGUCUUUGUUGUGGUGAGAAGGAGAGCAGAACAAGAGAAACAGAGGAUGCAAUUUGAAGUCAUUGAGGGCCAGGGGCUUGACGAUUAUCACCUUGCUCAGAGGGAGACAAUGGGCUACUACUACUAAAGAGUCACUUUAAUCUAUUUCAUAGGCUGAUAUCCAGAUUGUACAGAGCUGAGGCUGCAAACUGAGUUCUUCGCAAUGCUAUGCUGUUAUUAAAUGUAGAAUUAUUUGUACUUGAGGAUUUUAAGAAUGUUUAACAAUAUCUGAUGAUGCCCAGGCAUCCAAAACUGGUUGUUACAGUUUAUGAAAUGUCUUUAUAUAAUUAAUGAUUAGAAUGUUUAAAAUUAUCUGUAUAGGUAUAAAUAUCAACAGUGCUGGUUUUGUGUGAAUAGGGUUUUGUCUAGCACACUAAUAAAAAAAAAAAAUAGGUUCUUUAUAAGAUUUUCUUUCUUUUUAAAAGUAUAUAUUAAUUAGUGUAUUUAGAAUUUUCAAACACACCAAUCAGAUAGGCUACUCUGCAGUAUUCCAGGUUUUGAUGAUGCAGGGUUAUUCACAAUGAUCAUGUCAGAAGGGGGCACCACAAACAUAGACUUUACAAGGGGGUGGAUUCCAAAUAAACUUCCCUUCAGAAUACAAAGACACGAGAUCAUGCAUACCUGAUGCUUAGUACUUUGACAGAUCACAUUCACAAUAUAUGGAGCAACUUUAAAUGUUGUUACACUUCAAAGCCGGUUUUCGGUUGCAUCAUUUUUAUUGGGCGCAAAUUGCAUUAUACUAGGUGCUCCAAGCAACGCUGACAUUGCACAGGUACAGUGGUUUCAACAAGAUUGUGUUUGGACAUAUAUUACCAGAUGCAUUGUUAAUGCUAUGACUGGUAGUAUUAGCAGCACAAAUCUAUAAAUUCAAUUUUCUAAAGCUAAUGUGAUGAUUGCUACAUUUUGUUUAUUCCAACAAAUGUUAUGCAUUUCAGAAUGCAUAUAAAUGCUAAUACUGUAUCUGUUUAGAUGGCUGGUAAUUAUAAAAUAAAAUCUAGGUAAAA